CUAGGAGGUAUAACCGGCGGCCACAUGUGCAGAAAACUCUUUUGUGGCCGGGGUGGGUAGUACCCAUCAAUGUGUCGAGUUAUGACUAACGAGACGAAUGAAAUUGCGUCACCAAUCAAUGAACGAGCUUGGCCGAUACCCGUCGAGGCUGGUGCCACUGGCAUAUUGACGCGAAGUAGAUCAAAGAGGAGUCUCCCAUCUAACGGCUGUUUCCGUUUCCUGUAAACACGUUGGAGAAGCCAUGGCGGGAGUACAUGAAGACCUACGGAGGGUUAUCAUCCACGAGCGAGAUUUCCAGAAGUUAUCCAUUGAUAAUAGGAUAUACUGUGUUCCGGUGGAUGAGCGUGAGGAGCUGCGACUCGAAAGCCAACAUGACAUUCUUUUCAGAUUUUUUGACCAUAAACUGUAUCUGCCGCGGGUUAGGGAGCCUCGUAAAGUCCUCGAGUGCGGCUAUGGAACAGGCGACUGGGCGGUGGCAAUGGCUGAGGAGUUUGAGGACUGCGAGGUGACCGCUGUCGACAUAUAUCCGGUGUUGAUAGAUCAACCUGAUAACCUCACACUCUUUGGGUAUAAUCUUAAUGAUAGGCUCAACGAUCCAGAGGUCUUCCAACGGAGGGCAUAUGACCUGAUACAUUCGAGAUUCGUGGGACCGGGUAUAAAAACGAGCAGAUGGGGUUCCUAUAUCCGCGAUAUGAAAUCACUUCUGAGACCUAAUGGUUGGGUCCAAAUCAUGGAGUACUACCCCAAUAUCCAAUCAUGGAGCGGCCGGUUGGCAGACGAUUCAGCGCUCACCCGGUGGUACCGAGCCUAUGUGAGCGCAAUGGAGCGGGCGAACCGCAAUGUCCGGAUUGGGCAAAGGCUUCAACACUAUAUGACGGAAGCGGGCCUUCGCGAUGUCGGAGUGUCCAUAGUUCAUCUUCCCAUCGGAGAUUGGGAUCCAGAUCCGAGAAAAGCCGAGAUAGGAAGGGACAACAUUGCCGUCGUAGCGGAGCUCCUCGAGUCUCUCGCAAUUUGGCCAUUCACCGAAUUGUUAGGAUGGUCGGUCGCCCAAGUCUUAACUUUAAUCAAUCUCGCCCGGUCCGAAUUGCAGGAUGCCAGCCUCAAGUUAUAUAUCCCCAUGUAAGUAUGGCGCCCUUGUUAUUGCGAAGUCGGCUAACGAGGGAUAAG